GCAAGAUUUCCAGGGGACGAGCUGUUCAGAGUCUUCAGUACAAGUAGGAGUAGAGAUCUCUGAGCCUGCGUUUCUUAGCCAGAAGCGGCCUCCAUAAUUCUCCUCGCCUCCAUUUUAUCUUCACAACAAUCCUGUAAGGCCCUGGAAGAGCGCUGGAUUCCCCAUCCAGAUUCGUUCGUCUUUGGGGCGGAGUGGAAAGGGCUACUAUGGAUCCUGCUCAGAGGCUGGCGAUCUUUGAAGAGGCAGCUGAGCAUUUUGCCAACAGACGGCCGGUUCUGCCAGAUUUUAGCCGAAACACUCUUUGCAGGAAUGCAGUGGGAAACGCUGGGAACACGUCCUCUCUUGCUGACAGACAAGACAGUGAAGACUGCGGAGCACUGCCUGAGGCUUCAUUGGAAGUGAUCAAGAUGGAAGGAGGAGAACCUGGGAAUCCAGAGGAAUUAAGGGACCAGGAGAAAAGCCAGGCCCAAAAUUGGGAUAUUGUUGACUGCGAUAAUGAUGCCCAGGCAGAUCGGAUAUCAGUCCGACAGGACAAUUGCAAAGAAACAAGAAUUGAGUGCCUGGUGUGUGGGAAGACAUUCAGUUCUAAAUCAAACCUUAAUAUGCAUUUCAAAAUCCACACUGCAGAGAAACCAUAUAAAUGCUUGGAAUGUGGAAAAAGCUUCAGUGACAGCCGAAGCCUCACUUUGCAUCAAAGAAUCCACACAGGAGAGAAACCCUAUAAAUGCUUGGAGUGUGGAAAGAGCUUCAGCCGGAGCACAACUCUUUCUACACAUCAAAGAAUUCACAGAGGGGAGAAACCCUAUAAAUGCCUGGAGUGUGGAAAGAGCUUCAGUGAUAGCACCAGCCUUAGUUCCCAUCAAAGAAUCCACACAGGUGAGAAACCUUUUCACUGCUUAGUGUGUGGAAAGAGUUUUCCUUACAGUGCAAGUCUUACUACACAUCAAAGAAUCCAUACAGGAGAGAAACCAUAUAAAUGCCAAGAGUGUGGAAAAGGCUUCAGUGAUAGCACAAGCCUCAGUAGACAUCAAAGAAUCCACACAGGAGAGAAACCAUAUAAAUGCCUGGAAUGUGGAAAAAGCUUCAGUGAUAGUACAAAUCUUCAUUCACAUCAGAGAACUCACACAGGGGAGAAACCAUAUAAAUGUCUUGAGUGUGGGAAGAGCUUUGCUUACAGUGCAACUCUUAGCAGACAUCAAAGAAUCCACACAGGAGAGAAACCAUAUAAAUGCUUGGAGUGUGGGACAAGCUGCCGUGAUAAUGCAAGCCUUCGUUCACACCAACGGAUACACACAGGUGAAAAACCAUAUAAAUGCCUGGAGUGUGGAAAAUGUUUUAGUCGGAGUGAACAUCUUACUUCACAUCAGAGAGUGCAUACAGGGGAGAAACCAUACAAAUGUCAAGAAUGUGGAAUGAGCUUCAGUCACAGUUCAGCUCUCACUUCUCAUCAGAGAAAUCACUCUGGGGACAAGCCAUAUAAAUGCCAAGAGUGUGGGAAGAGCUUUAGUCACAGCUCAGUCCUUACUUCGCAUCAGAGAAGCCACUCUGGGGACAAGCCAUACAAAUGCCUGGAAUGUGGCGAGAGCUUCAGCCACAGAACGUACCUUAGUUCACAUGAAAGAAUUCACAAGCCAGAGAAACCAUUUAAAUGCUUGGAAUGUGGAAUGAGCUUUAGUCAGAGCCCAAGCUUUAUUAGACAUAAGAGGAUCCACACAGGGGAGAAACCCUAUAAAUGUCUAGAGUGUGGGAAGAGCUUCAGUGUGAGCUCCAGCCUGACUUCACAUCGAAGAAUGCACACUGGGGAGAAACCAUUUAAAUGCUUGGAGUGUGGAAUGAGCUUCAGUCAGAACUCAAACCUCAAUUUACAUCAGAGAAUCCACUCAGGGGACAAGCCAUACAAAUGCAUUCAGUGCGGGAAAAGCUUCAGCAAUAGUACACGCCUUAAUUCUCAUGAAAGGAUCCACACAGGGGAGAAACCUUUUAAAUGCUUGGAAUGUGGAAAGCGCUUCAGGUGGAGCAAAGUUCUUACUAGGCAUCAAAGAAUCCACACUGGAGAAAGACCCUUUAAAUGCCUGGAGUGUGGAAAGAGCUUUGGAAGGAGCACAGACCUUUCAUCACAUCAGAGAUUCCAUACAGGAGAGAAACCAUAUAAAUGCCUGAAGUGUGGAAAGAGUUUCAUGUGGAGCUCCCAUUUUACUGCCCACCGCAGAAUGCAUGCAGAGGAGACGCAAUAAAAUACUUGUUGUGAUGGAUGUUUUCAUAAUACAUCUGUUGCAUGAAUCAGUCAGCACUCAGCCCUUAUUAAAAUACUAGGGAACCCACUAGUAGAGAAUCUGUAACAUACUCCAUCUGUGCUGUGAAGCCUUUGUGAUAUAUCUGGCAUCAGGGUUUUUUAUUAUUUGUAAGCCAGCCAUAAGGGUGAAACACCAUGUCUAAAGACUAAAAUAAGAGGUUUCUGCUGUCACUGAAAUCAAUGAAAAUCCAAAAACCAGUUGCCCUAUUUAUCUUUUUUCUCAGAAACACACUCCGUUUAGAAUGUGAAAACAAGUAUAAUUGGUUGUGCUGGUGGGGAAAUAAUUCAUUCUGCUUGACAAUCCCUGCAGCUAUGCUUUGUCAGGAUAAGGUGGAGGAGAUCCGUAAAAAUAUAUAAAUAAAUCUCAAGAAUGAUAAGCACGUGGUCAUGACACUUGAACUAUGGGUGGAUUGGCAAAAUCUGGUUCAUGAUGCUCAUGGAAAGGUAUUGGCUUAUGAGAAAUACUGGGAUGGAAAUAGAACUUUACCAGACAAAUUUAGAAAGGCACAGUAUCCUUUUAUUAUAUACUGGAAUAAAACCAAACAGGAGGAAAUCUUGAAUUAUAUUUGAAGGACGUGGCUUUGUUAAGAGAUUGAAUAUAGGAAACUGUGAGGUAUAUAAUAAUGCUGAAAGAAAGGGUUGGUAAGAUACCACAAAGCAUUGAUUAUCUUGGGAUACAGCAGUGUGGUGAUGUUAGAAUAUAUCUGUAUAUACAAUGCUAUGUUUAUACACCGGCUCACUGAACUAAGUGAAUUGUUAUUUAAGGCUCAGUUAUCUCACUGUUUGCUAUGACAUAUAGUACAUGAUAAGAAAUCAGGAAAAGAAAAGAAUGAUAGACACAAGUACCAAUUACAGCACACAUAAUUUAAAACAAUUUUUUUAGACGUUGCUGAGUAAUGUAAGAACUGUAGUUAAUAUCUUGACAUCCUAAAAGCUAGAAAAUGGUAUAUGUUGAAUAAACCAAUGUCAGUUUCUUCACAGGUUCAUUUUGAACAAAAAAGUGGUACCAAUAUUUGUCCAUUCCAAUGGCCUGAGAUGGGUUUCUCUCCAAGUUUAAGUAAACCUUUCUCAUGGAAUACAUGAGAAUACAAGUAUCAUUGUUAUGAACGAGAUGAUAAGAUUAGUCUGAAAGAUGUACUAUAAAAAUAGGAGCAGAUGCCUUGCAAAUAUGAAAUUGAAGCCGUUGUCAAACUUGCUUUCCUUUUAUUCAACCAGUGUUUUGUUCCAGACAAGGGUCUGCGGCAGCAUAUUAUAAAAUGCACACAUGUUCUUAAACUAAAGGUACAGGCUAGUCUCACAUACACCUGGGUUAAGAUGUGGGAUAUAGCUAAUCUGUCGAAUAGCAUUGCCAGAAAGUUCUUGGCACACCUGAGGUUAAAAAAACAACGUGAGCUGGACAUGGUUUUUAUCUCAUGUGAGCGGU